AUGCAAUGGACUGAUCAGCAAUUGCAAGUUUUCGAAGCUAUUGAGCGCCGUGAGUCGGUUUUUGUUACCGGGUCUGCUGGCACUGGCAAAACCAUGGUUUUGGAUAACCGUACGGUUAUUAAAAGGUGGAAGACGGUUAAAGCAUUGGUGAUUGAUGAGAUUAGUAUGGUAGAAGGAGAGCUUUUUGACAAGCUUGAAUACAUUGCUAGAACUAUUAGACAGAUAGAUGAGCCGUGGGGCGGUAUCCAGCUUCUAGUUAGUGGCGAUUUCUUGCAGUUACCACCAGCGAGUGUUAGUAAGAGUUCUGAUAAUCGAAAGGAAUUUGCAUCCGAAGCAGAUUCUUGGGAUAGUUCGUUUCAGUUAGAAGUAGGUCUGAAAACAGUCUUCAGGCAAUCUGACCCAGAACUUAUUAAACUGCUUCAGGGUAUAAGAUCAGGGGAGUUAAAUGCUGAAGGUCUGGAGCUGCUUCAGCAACGUCGUUGUUUCGAAGAGCCCGAUGAGGCGGUUGUGAGAUUAUUUCCAAGAAUAGCAGAUGUUAAUCGAGUGAAUGAUAUGAGAUUGAAAGGGUUGGGAGAAGAAACCAUUGUUUAUGAAGCCUUUGAUAAAGGGGAGAAACCUUGGAUUGAUCAAUUGAAUCGUGGCAUGGCACCCACUAAACUUCAGCUUUGUGUAGGUGCAAGGGUGAUGCUAUUAAAGAACUUAAAUGUGAAGGCAGGUUGGUGA